AUGCCGAACAAUCCCUCUGCUGCUCACGCUCGCCUUCCCCGCCCGCUUGUCGUCAGUGGGUCCAUCAUCGAGAUAUCAGAUUCAGAAGACGACUAUGAACACAUUGGCUGGCCUUCUCCAUCUCAGAAGGCUCCACUCAAGGUUGCAUCAGGGGCACUGGACAAUGGUGCCACUCCGGCGGCACGAGACAAAGCAGUACCUCCAGAACGUAAGGGUGAAAACGCGCCACCCCAUGCAGUAGCGACUCUCUCGCAAACACCCUCGAUUCAAGUGCUCAUGGAGCCCCCGAAACCCGAUCUCGUUAUCCCCCAAGACCAACUCCGGCAGGUUCUCGAAGUCGUACCAGACGUACAGCCUGAGUACGCUCAGGAGCUUCUGACGGAAUCCAAGACGGUUGAAGCCACGCUGAACGCUCUGUUCGAGAAUCCAGCAUAUCCAAAGGUUGACAGGAAGGGAAAGCGGAAGGCUGAAGACCCUAUGGGCAAGGAGAGGGGACAGCCGAAACCAAAGAUUGAUUAUUCGACCACGGAGAGGCCAACUCUCGGCGGGCCAUACUAUUAUGAGCUGGCGUUGGAACAACUCCAAGUCGACUUUCCAUUAAUCCCCAAACCGUACAUUCGAUCAGUGCUUCUACUAAAGAAAGGAUUAUACGUUCCUGCGCAUCUACAGCUUCUCGUAGACUCAAAGCUCCCGAUUCUACCCUACAAGCGUAAGGUUAUAGCCUACCGCUCGAAAGGUAAAGCACCGUUAGUGGAGGAUCCUGACUUCACCACCGAGCGCGAAUGGCUUGUCCACAAGCUCCAAGAAGGCGCACUGGUGCCGAACGCAACGGGUUCGUCCCAGCAGUCCAUUACACCAAGCGAUGUCGAGGACGGCAUCGAGUGCGGCUGUUGUUUUACUUCAUACCCCUUUGAAAAAAUGGUACAAUGUCCAGAUGCUCAUCUCUUUUGCUCGGAGUGCAUGGUUUCAUACGCAGAGAACCUACUAGGCUCACACAACCCCAAUAUCGUAUGCAUGGACCAAUCCGGGUGUAAACUCGCCUUCCCGGAUUCAGAGCUACGACGUUUCUUGGAUGAUAAACUACUGGAGCUAUAUGAACGCGUUAAACAGCGCAAAGAGAUAGAAAUGGCUGGGUUAGAGGGGCUGGAGGAGUGUCCUUUUUGCGAGUACAAGGUAGUUAUUGAGAAUCCAGAGGAGAAGCUAUUUAGAUGUGAAAGAGAAGAAUGCGGCGCCGUUAGCUGUCGAGCGUGUAAGAAGCUGGAUCAUCUACCGAAGAGUUGCAAAGAAAUGGAGGCUGAGAAAUUGCUGGACGGACGUCACGCCAUCGAAGAAGCUAUGACCCAAGCCCUGUUGCGAAAUUGUCCCAAAUGCGAGAAAGCCUUUAUCAAAGAAGCUGGAUGCAACAAGAUGACAUGCCCGAACUGCCGCACUCUGUCGUGCUAUGUCUGUAGGAAGGUUAUCACCGGCUACGAACAUUUCAACCAGAAUCCUCAUGCUCCUCAGGCAAGUGCGAACUCAAACAAAUGUCUUCUGUGGGAUCAAGUAGAACAAAGACACGCUGACGAGGUCAAAGCCGCCGCAGAACGUGCUACCGAGGCCUAUCGACGUGACAAUCCAGAUGUAGCACAGGAGGACAUCAAGGUCGAUCUACCAGCUGCACCGAAAGCCCCUGCUCCUCUGGCUAUGCAGGCCCUAGUGGUUCCCCGUCUUGAUCUUCCGAUUCCCGCGCGCCCACCGCUUGACGUCGGCGCGCUGGCCGCAGAGAUAUUCAACGAGCAUCGUAUGGGCGCGGCACAAAGAGAUCAGAUGAUAAGGCAAUGGGCGGGUCAGCAGCAUGUCCCAGCGCCCAUGCCACAGCCCAUCCUCAGGCUCCCUGCCGUAGCAGUACCACCGCAACGUAUUCAGGUGCUGCCACAUAUUCCGAGAGCCCCUCCCGUUCAACAGGCUGCUAUUCCGAGAGCUAGACGUCGCAGGAGAUGA